AUGCAUCUGGGAAGAAGUUUGCUUUCCUCCCCGAUCAUUCGCUUCCUCCAAACAAUCAUAAGGAGACCUGACCUGGCCUCUCACCUCAAAAGAAUUCACCUCGAUGGUGAUCGUUUUCUGAUCGGGUAUCAGCGAAAUAUCAAGCCCAAGAUUCCUGUAUCUGAAGUUGAGCUGGACGAACUCAGCUCAUUCAUCCGAGCCACCGGAGCCCCAUAUUGUGAUAUGUGGAUACAGGAACUAGAGAAUGGUAGCACCGACGCCAUUAUCGCCCUCCUUCUAGCGCAAUCUUCGAAUCUGCGAUAUCUCUAUAUAGGUCCUGUGUUCACUCAGUUGAGUAAAUUGAUAGGCCUGGUCCUCCACUCAAGACUCUGCGAGCCCACGAUAGAUCUCCAACACCAUUAUAGUCUUCAUGACAAAAUUCCCAAUUUUGAGAACCUUCGAGACAUUACCUUCCUGAUGAAUGUCGAGGACGACCAAGACGCCCACCUGAACCGUUCUAAAAACACCGCCCACGUCCUGCCCUUCUUCUAUUUGCCGAACAUCCAGCGCUUGUCGCUCUCGGUCGAAAAUGAGAGGACGUGGACCUGGCCUACAGCAACUCAGCCCAACCCGUCAACGCUUACAUCGCUCGAUUUGACCUGCAUCCGGGAGCUGCACUUGGCUUCAGUUCUCUCAGUCGCCCAAAAUGUUCAAACCCUCCGCUGGCAACUUUAUCACCACGAACGCCUUAAUCCGCCUAUUACUCCUCACGACGACCCUCGUUCACGAAAGGUGGCUAAUAGCAAACAGAUAUAUCUUGAUCUGAUGGCCGAUGCGAUUUGUCUUGUUCGAGAUUCGUUGACUGAGCUGACUAUUUCAGCUACUGUCGACAUUACAUGUUACGAUCUAGACACUCCUUGGAUGGUACUUCGUGGCUCAUCCCAUGCAUUACAUAACAUGUACAAGGUGAAGAAACUCCAAAUCCCAUUGGUAUUUCUGGUGGGGACUGGUCCGGGAGGGAUGGGCGGGAUUGAAAAAGAAUUUGCAACUCACUUGCAGGAUGCGAUGCCGAGGAAUGUCGAGUUUGUCACUCUUACGUACGACUUACGAGAUGCAGAUGUCGGGUAUUGGCAAUGGAAGGAUCACGAAGUCUUAGAAUUGCUUGAAAGAUGGUUGGAGGAUUGGAGAGCCUGCACGCCGAAACUUCAAGGAAUUUUUCUGCUGUUUGACUGGGAAAGUGAGGAUGAGUGGUGCCCUAGAAUGAGGGAUCAGGCCAGAGAGCUAGGCGCUCGAACUGGUGUUACGCUUGAGGUUAUUCCUCGAAAUAGCGCUUGGGGUAUUCUUAAUCAGCGAAUGCUCAUAUUGAAUGAUAGAAAUGAGGAUGCCAGUGGGGUACGUUGGCUGUACUAG